CCUGCCACGUGACCCAGAGACGCUGCCGUUGGGUUGCUGAGGGGACAAGCGGCGAUCUCGGAAAAAGCUGCCCGAUUUAGACGUCGCUGGAGUCGGAUGGGAUUUUAAAAUGAAAGUGAAGCUCUUGUCCAGAAAUCCGGAUGAUUACGUUAGAGAAACAAAAAUAGAUAUUCACCGAGUUCCUAGGAAUUAUGAUCCUACAUUGCAUCCGUUUGAGGUACCUCGGGAAUACACCAGAGCCUUGAAUGCAACCAAACUGGAACGAGUCUUUGCAAAGCCAUUUAUAGCAUCACUUGAUGGGCACAGAGAUGGCGUGCACUGUAUGGCUAAGCACUUUAAGAGUUUAUCCACAAUAAUCUCUGGGGCUUGCAAUGGUGAGAUCAAAGUUUGGAACUUGAUGAAACGUGAAUGCGUCCGUACUAUACAAGCACACACGGGUUUCGUCAGAGGUAUCAGUUCCAGAUUUUGUGGUACAUCAUUUUUUUCAGUUGGUGAUGAUAAGACAAUCAAACAAUGGAAAAUGGAGGGUCCUGCAUUUGAUGAGGAAGAAGAGCCAAUGCACACAAUACUAGGGAAGACUGUUUAUACAGGAAUUGAUCACCAUUGGAGAGAUGGUGUGUUUGCCACAUGUGGACAGCAGGUGGACAUCUGGGAUGAGCAGAGGACCAGCCCAAUUCGCUCAUUUACAUGGAGCGUGGACAGUAUCAGCAGCGUUAAGUUCAAUCCAAUAGAGACAAACCUCCUUGCCAGCUGUGCUUCUGAUAGAAAUAUUGUCUUGUAUGAUAUGAGGCAGGCGACUCCUUUGAAAAAGGUUAUCAUGGACCUGCGGACUAAUGCUGUAUGUUGGAAUCCCUUGGAAGCUUUCAUUUUUACUGGAGCAAAUGAGGAUUACAACUUAUACACUUUUGACAUGCGCAAUCUUGAUUCAUCCAUGAUGGUGCAUAAGGAUCAUGUGUCAGCAGUGCUGGAUGUUGAUUACUCUCCAACAGGAAGAGAGUUUGUUUCGGCCAGUUUUGAUAAAUCUAUUCGCAUUUUUCCUGCAGACAAAGGACAUAGCAGGGAGGUGUACCAUACAAAACGAAUGCAACAUGUGAUGUGUGUAAAGUGGUCUGCUGACAAUAAAUACAUACUUUGUGGUUCUGAUGAAAUGAAUAUCCGUUUGUGGAAAGCUAAUGCUUCGGAAAAGCUUGGUGUGCUUAUGCCAAGAGAGAAAGCUGCUUUGAAUUACAACCAAAAGCUUAGAGAAAAAUUCCAGCAUCAUCCUCAGAUCAGACGGAUAGCUCGGCACCGGCAUUUGCCUAAAAUGAUUUAUAACCAGGCUAAGGAACUCCGCAUUAUGAAGGAAGCAAAACGUAAAAAACAACUGAAUCUUCGCAAGCACAGCAAACCAGGUUCUGUACCUCUUGUUGCUGAGAGGAAGAAGCAUAUUGUGGCUGUGGUGAAAUAGCUGUUGUGUUGCUGCAUUGUAUAAUAAUUAUUGGACAAUAUUUCAGAAUUAACAUUUUGUAUUGUUUACAUAACUUAUCUGGAAAUAAUUCAUUAUAGCAAUACAUAUUACAUGAAAAAAAAUUGUUACCAAUCUAAUGUCAGAUAAACAUUUACAGCUUUCAUGAGCAGUAAACUCAUUUAGUACUAAUCCCAGGCUUCAGUGAUGAAAAUAUGGAACUAGGGUGUCAAGUUGUUUUGAAGAUAGUUUUGGUAUUCCAAAAUGAAAUUGUGAAAACAUAUGUUUCUGCAAUCUGGAUGAGACAGGUGGUUUAUUUUCAUGAGUCAAGAGUAAAGAUGAAUGAACACAUUUAAAUAUCUAUGUUUCUUAUUCUCAUUGUAUUUUAAUAAAUUGAUCAUCCAGCCAUGUGAUCAUCAUGAAUUGCAGUCAUUAGCAAAAAUAAAGGAUCUGUUA